AACUGAAUGCCCGAUUGCAUAUUACUUACCAUUCACCUGACUAUAUAAGCCCAGGAAUGGAGAACCAAAAUCAUCAGUUGUUUACCAAACUAACCUAGUACAACAUGAAGCUGCUCUUUGUCGCCGCAUUCUUGGCUGUUGCUGCCGCCGUACCAUCCAGCUACAAGCCGGAAUACAAAGCUCCCAGCUAUCCUGCCCCAAGCUACACGGCACCAAAGUACCCUACUCCUAGCUACCCCUCACCAGCCUACCCCACACCAGCCUACCCCGCACCAGCCUACAAGAAGGAUAACAAAUACGAUGACAUUACCAUCACCAGCCAAUCUGAUGAGCGCAACCUCGAUGGCAGCAGCCAAUGGAGGUAAGUCAAUUUCAUUCUUAAUACUCCUUAAUUUAAGAAUAAUAAUAUAAAAAAAUUAUAAUUCUUCCAAUCCAUAGCUAUGCCCAGUCUGACUACACCACCCGUGA